CCACCGUUCCAUCGGCAUCAACGUCGACGCGUGUCUCGUGCCAGUGCAUUCGACCUGCCGUCCAGGAUCAGAACAUCACCCCGGCAUUCUCCAUCUAGUCGUUCACCUUCCAUAAGGCACACAGCAAAGAGACAUGACCAGCGAAUGCGAUAGUCCAUCUUCGGUGAGCGAACAGCAACCAGCCACUUCAAGAAUGGCCAAGCGCUGGGGAUUUGGCAUUGCAUUCUUUCUUGCGGUACUAGCACUCGUGUUCGGAAUUUCUUUCAUGGCUGCUGGAAGAAAGCGAAGCGACAGGCCGCUAGCAACAGGGGACAACAACGUAACUUACGCCGACAACAGUUCAUCAAGUAGAUAUCCAAGCAUUCAGCAACAGCCGCUUGGAGGCGCGCCUUUGCCGUCAGUCUAUGGACGUGGCUAUAACGUGCGUAAAAGCGAGGUGGACCUUAAAGGCUUGCCAGGACAGGAUCAAGCUGGACGAGGCAUCGACAAAGACAAUUACAAGCAAAUUGAAUUUGGAACAUUCUGGCAGAAUAAAUUAGAAGCUUCCAGUCUCGAAACAAGGAUGGACCGAAGAAGCCAGCCGGGCGGGCAUGAAACUUACAAAGGAGGCAGAAGCGAGGGUCCCUAUCAGCGGAGGAUGCAGAUAAUGCACGGCAGCAUGGACACUGUGUACGGGCGAGAUAAGAAGGAAGAAUAUACGGGAAGGGAGGACGUCCGCGGAGAUCCAGAAAUAGGGAGUCAGAAGAAUACGGAAGAGAAAUGGUAUGGAGCUGGCACGCAGGACGGAAAGUACAACGCUGGUCAGGAAGAAGCAGUCGUGACCAGCAAGGCACAUGACUCUGCCGGAGCAGACAGCAUGGCCGUGAGGGCCAAUUCAGGCAAAACGGUUUGCAAUACAGCAGACUGCGAAUACAUGCGCUGGAUUGUGAAUGCUUCCGUGGACACUCGAAAGAACCCAUGUGGUAACUUCUACGAAUAUGCAUGCGGCAUGGCUAACAAGGCGUUUGAAAAUGAUGCCAACAUGGUUAAAGGGGGCAUGCUCCGUAUUAUCACUAAGGGACUGCGCGAUACAGUCGCGGAAACGUUGAGCCAUGCCUACUCGGGGAGGACCAGCAAUCAAACUGGUUUCGAAAAAGUCGCCGCUUUAUACGCCGCCUGUCAGAACGGCUCGGAGACUUUGGACGAGUCGGACCGAAACGCUGUUGUAAAUUUUUUGACGGAUCAUCAUAUGUUGCCGACGGAAAACUUGACUUUCGACCCACUGGACAAACAGAUCGAGUUGAUGUUUGAGGGUUUUGAACUGAUAUUCAAAUUAAGUGCAGUUCCAGUAGUUCUGACAAAGGAUGUCAAAUUCCUUUUGAGGCUGCCACAAGAGUUAUAUGCCCUUCUCUGGGGACCGACAGACUCCUUUGAGAAAAGGCGAAAUACAUAUGAAGAAGCCUUCAAAGACAUCUUCCCUGCGACUACAUUCAAUGAAACAACGUUCCUCAACGAAUUCCUCAUUGCCGAACAGGAUAUAAUAACGAUUUUGAAAUUCAACUACCGAGAAGAUAUGCGCCUGAUCCCCAUGACGCACCUAGGUGUGGUGUUUUAACGACAAAGGUCUCGCAGACAGAUGGAUUACAGCCCUCGAAAAGUACACAAAUUCUCGUCUUCCUGCACGUUAUUCGCUCGAAGCGACCGAGGGCGAUAUACGCUUCGUGCACAAUCUCUUUGGAAGUGGGGCCAAGAUAAGUAUCGAUUUGGUGCGGAAGUUCCUCGCCUGGAGAGCAAUGGUCUUGAUUUACAGAAACUCCAAUCACGUGGCACAUCGUACUACGAAGCAGUGCUUGCACGAAACAGUCAUGAACUUCCCAUUCGUAGCACUGUCCGCAGCGAUUUUCCAGACAGAAGGAAUCACCAAAGAGAAAGUGUCUGCCGUCCAACAGAUGACGCAAAACAUAUUGGAUGAAAUUGGAACUACUUUGAGCAAGUCACCGUGGCUGGACUGGCAAACGCGACUAGACGCGCAGCACAAGUCAGCCAGCGUUUCACGCGUCGUUGGCUUUCCUCUCGGUCUGUGGAGCAGUCAAGCAAUCGACGUUUAUAUGACUGACGUUCCAGACGUCGGCAAGUCCUUUCUCGCCAGCACUAUUGAAGUCGUCAAAGCAAUUUCGAAGAGGAACUGGGAUAUAGUCUUAAGCGACAAAUCAUUUAGUGCAGUUCUUGACCUGUUCGUUUCAACCAUGGGCAGAAUGUACCAGGCGAAGGCAACAUAUAUCAGGGACUACAAUGCCCUGGUCAUUUCUCCGGCUGCAAUAGCGAAGCCAGUGUUCAUAAACGGCGGACCUCCUGAAGUCAAUUACGGAGCCCUGGGCCGUCUGGUUAGCGCUCAAAUAAUGCGCGCCUUCGACGAAACUGGCCAAAAGUAUGGUGCCACCGGUCAACCUGUCGACUGGUUUACGAAGGACAGCAAAAUGGCGUACGCCGAGAAAGUCAGGUGUCACCGGGAAAGACUUACGGCUUCUCCACUUGCGAGGCGCUACGGAGAUCACCCGGAGUAUCUCACCGACAUCAUGAGUGCGCACACUCUUCUCAGAGCCUACAGGAUUGCGUCGGAGAGGUCCUCUGUUACCUUGGGCGAUGUCAAGGGGCUGACCAGUGAACAACUCUUCUACGUGUCCUGGUGCUUGCUCUGGUGCGGAAAGGACAUGCCGGGAAAACCACCACUAGAAGGAAGGUGCAACCUGCCUCUCAUGAACUCGGAAGACUUUAGCGAAGCGUUUAGGUGCUCCGCCGGCGCUGCUAUGAACGCAGAAAAAAAGUGCCAUUUCUGGUAAAAAACCUUGCUCUGUGUAUUCGCAAAACCAAUUAGAGGUGAAUCUACUACAGCGACGUGAUGGUAGCAAUGCUGUCAUAUUAAAAUUGCGAUUGAUACAAA